UUAGUGACGCCACCCUGCUCAGUGUGUGCAGACCGGUGCAGACUGGAGGAUGGAGCACAGAGGGAGAAACGCUGCCGCUGCUGGAGCCUCACACCGCGGUUUUCACCCGGACACACCUUCCUGACUGACUCCCCUGUCACUGCUGCCAUCAACAUGGAUGAAGACAAUCACGUUCCUGAGGAUCUGUCCCCGGAGGAGAGGGAUGAGCUGUCAAACAUCCGGCGCAGGAAGAGAGAGCUGCUUGAUGAUAUUGAGAGGUUGAAGUUUGAGAUAGCAGAAGUCAUGACGGAGAUCGAGCAGCUGACGUGUGUCGGAGAAAGCAAAACAACCCAGAGAAACAAACAGAUUGCCAUGGGCAGGAAGAAAUUCAACAUGGAUCCAAAGAAGGGAAUCCAGUUCCUGCUGGAGAACGACCUCCUCCAGCACACCCCCGAAGAAGUGUCCCAGUUCCUCUACAAAGGAGAAGGCCUCAACAAGACGGUCAUCGGAGACUACCUGGGCGAGCGGGAGGACUUCAACCUCAAGGUGCUGUCGGCUUUUGUGGAGCUGCAUGAGUUCGCAGACCUCAAUCUGGUCCAAGCACUAAGGCAGUUUCUGUGGAGUUUCCGUCUGCCAGGUGAAGCCCAGAAGAUCGACCGUAUGAUGGAGGCGUUUGCGUCGCGGUACUGCCAGUGCAACCCGGGGGUCUUCCAGUCAACAGAUACCUGCUACGUACUGUCCUUUGCCAUCAUCAUGCUGAACACCAGCCUCCACAACCCCAACGUCAGAGACAAGCCCCCCGUGGAGCGCUUCAUCUCCAUGAACAGAGGCAUCAGAGGGGGGGAUCUGCCCGAGGAGCUUCUCAGGAACCUUUACGACAGCAUCAAAAACGAGCCCUUCAAAAUCCCAGAGGAUGACGGGAACGAUCUCACGCACACGUUCUUCAACCCCGACAGAGAGGGUUGGCUCUUAAAGCUCGGCGGCAGGGUGAAGACGUGGAAGAGACGGUGGUUCAUCCUGACCGACAACUGCCUCUAUUACUUUGAGUACACAACAGAUAAAGAGCCUCGUGGGAUAAUUCCUCUGGAGAACCUCAGUAUCAGAGAGGUGGACGAGCCCAGGAAACCUAACUGCUUCGAGCUGUACAAGCCGAACCACAAAGGUCAGGUGAUCAAGGCCUGCAAGACGGAGGCGGACGGGCGAGUCGUCGAGGGCAACCACGUGGUGUACAGGAUAUCUGCCCCAACGCCGGAGGAGAAGGAGGAGUGGAUCAAAUCCAUCAAAGCGAGCAUCAGCAAAGAUCCUUUCUACGACAUGCUGGCCACCAGGAAGAGGAGGAUAGCCAAUAAGAAGUGAUGACCGUCAAACACACCCGAGUCCUCGUAUAUGUGUGUGUGUGUGUGUGUGUGUGUUUUAUGAAGGCCUCAUGUGUGUUCUUUCACGGCUGGAGGACAGCAGCAGGUGCUUGUCUUUGGGACUGAAAUGGAUCAUUGGCGUGCACCUGUGUGUGAAGGACUCUGAACACUGAUUAGGGGGACUAAAAACUGGAUUAAAACAAAUGGACAAAAGGAACAGGACUACAGCCAUGACUGGAAUCAUGGGAAAUCUUUGCAUAGUGUGCCCUCUGGUGGACGCAUGAGGAGGAGUUCAUACGUGGCUUUUCCUUAUUUGGCGUUGACUCCAAGAUACCAGGAAAACAUCUUAUUAUCUUCACCUCACAUGUUCUUCUGCUACAGAAAGCCUCAAGCUUAUUAAAUCAGCUGGUCUGAUUGUUAGUGACUGUAUCUGUACAUGCAAACACAGAUUUAUUCUAUUAUAAGCUCAUAUUUCAUUUACAGCAGGGCUGCAACUAAUUAUGUAUUGAUUAAUCUGAUUAAUUGUUUGGUCUAUAAAAGGCCAGAAAAUAGUGGAAAAUGUCCAUGACAGUUACCAAAGUCCAAGGUGAUGGCUUGGUUUGUUCCAAAACCUAAAGAUAUUCCAUUUAUUAUGAUGUAAAACAGAGAAAAUCAAUGAAAUCACGAUAUUUUAUAGGGUAAAAAAAGCAUUUUUGGACAUUUCUUCAUAAAUAAAUGACUUAUUGAUCUGUUAUUAUGGAUUAUACAUAAUUGUUGCAGCUCUUAUAUUUCCAGGCAAAGGAAUUGAUGCAGGUUGUGAAGUAAUACUCGAAAUAUAUAAAGCCCCUUUAAAGUGUUCUCAAACACUAACACACAUCCUAUAUUCUGUCAUUUUAUGUAUUGAAGAUCCACCUCUGUGUUCAUUUCUUUUGUAUUUAUUUUCUUAAUUUGGUUAACAAAAGAGGCAGCCCACCCCCCCCCACGUCAUUUACAUUAUGCAUGUGUAGAAUAUAUUGUACAUACCGUUCCUUUGUUUCUUCCUCUGUUGUGUUUAUGUAGCAUGUAAAUCAUAUCGGCCGCAGCCUGUACCCGUUCACCUGGUUUAGUUUGAACCGCUGACAGUUUACAGAAGUGGAGGAGCAGCGACUCCUCCGCCUCACGCUGAGUUAUUACUGAAGAUCAGAGAAUACAUGAAGUUAUACGAAGAAAACUCACUGUGCUGAGUUGGAAAAGGGAGUAAAGUGAGUUAAAAACACCCUGAAAGAAGCUAAAUACUGGACAUUUUAAAACUCAAAUUAUGUGAAACUGGAAUCUGAUUUUCCCAAACGGAGAUCGAGACGACUUGCCGCCUCAUUUUUUUUUUAACAGUACAUGUCAUUUUAAGGUUAAUUGAUCUUAGUUUGGGAAAAAUGCUCAUGAAUACUAUGAAUAAAAACAACAUGCUGAUCACAAAA